AUGUCGGUGACAACAUUAAUUCUGUUGUACGGUGCCGAAAUCUGGGCAGACGCACUAAGAGUAGAAAAAUAUAGGAAGCGAAUGGCAGGUGUGCAAAAGCUGGGAGCGCUAAGAGUGGCUUGUUCUUACCGCACGGUUUCGGAGCCAGCUAUACUUGUGGUAGCUGGAGUAAUACCGAUCUAUCUCCAAGCCAGGGAGCGCAAAUAUAUCUAUCGGAAGAAGUCUGAAAUAGGUAAACAAGAAGCAAAGAGACAAGCCAGAGCUUACAACAGGGAUCAAUGGAAUACGAGAUGGAGAGAAGACUCUAGGGGAAGAUGGACAGCCAAACUCAUAAGCCGACUAGACAAGUGGGUUGAGAGGGAACAUGGCUAA